CAGCGUCUGCUUUCACACGUUCCUUUUGCCUGUAUUUAUUACACCGGUAUUGCAUGUGGACACGUUGCCUUCUACUUAUACCAGUCAGGCCGGUCAAAUUGCCAUUUAGUGUUGUUCAACGAGCUAGGUCGCUGUGCUCUGUGAAUUCUUUUUCAAGUAUGACUGGACAUACUGUGAUCGCAAGCUCGAAUAAGCCUCCAGUUGUGACUCUCCUGGCAGCUGAACAUCUCAAGAACUCUGGCUUGGUAAAGUUGGAAUGGGGGGACAACACAAGUCUAAAAAUAAAUGAGAAUUUUACCCUGACUGGUGACCACAAUAUAGCCCGCUAUCUUGCCAGGCUGUCACCUUCAAAUGGGCUGUAUGGUAAAGGAGCUUUGCAGGCCUCCGAGGUUGACCAUUGGCUUGAAUUCAGCUCUCGCUGCCAGAAUGGCUGUAAUGUUGACCAGGCCCUCAAACUGUUGGAUCGAAGUCUUGCACCAGUGGCCUUUCUGGUUGGACCAUCAGUCACCCUUGCAGAUUUUGCGGUCUGGGCCGCAAUAAAUGCAAACAACAAACUGGCAACAUCUGUGAAGAAUGCCCAGCACAUCUGUAGAUGGUACAAGCACUGCCUUGCGCAGGAGCCAUUCAAGCAGAUUGCAUCAUCUCUACCUGGAAACAACACUAACAAUGGUUCUAACAAUGGUUCUUCAGGGACAAAGAUGAAGCAAGAGGGGAAAUACAUUGAUUUGCCUGGUGCAUCAAUGGGUAAUGUUGUCACCAGAUUUCCCCCAGAGGCUAGCGGGUAUCUUCAUAUUGGCCAUGCUAAAGCAGCAUUGUUGAACCAGUAUUACAAGAACAUGUACGAAGGAACCUUAAUCAUGAGGUUUGACGACACCAACCCUGCUAAAGAAAAUGCUCAUUUUGAAGAAGUUAUUUUAAAAGACCUUGAGAUGUUGGAGUUCAAGUUUGACAAGUUCACGCACACAUCUGAUCACUUUGAUACCCUUAUCGGCUACUGUGAGAAGAUGUUGAGGAUGGAUAAAGCAUACGCCGAUGACACAGCACCUGAAAGGAUGAAAGAGGAGCGUGAUCAGAAAAUCAAAUCAGCUAACAGGGAUAACUCUGUUGAGAAGAAUCUCCAAAUGUGGGAUGAGAUGAAGAGAGGUACAGAGUAUGGCCAGAGCUGCUGUAUACGCGCCAAGAUAGAUUACCAGUCUCCUAACGGCACCCUCAGGGACCCUACUAUCUACAGAUGCAAACCAGAAACACACAUCCGUACUGGGAACAAAUACAAAGUCUACCCAAUAUAUGACUUUGCAUGUCCUAUUGUGGACAGUCUUGAGGGUGUGACCCAUGCACUAAGGACGACAGAGUAUCAUGAUAGGGACCCCCAAUACUACUGGCUUCUUGAUGCACUUGGUCUACGCAAGCCACACAUCUAUGAGUUUAGUCGACUAACACUGCAGAACACUGUCAUGUCCAAGCGCAAGUUGACUUGGCUUGUUGAUCAAGGUCUUGUGGAUGGAUGGGAUGAUCCUCGUUUCCCCACAGUGCGAGGUGUGCUGCGGCGAGGGAUGACAGUCGAAGGUCUGCGUGAAUUUAUCGUGUUACAAGGCUCCUCCAAGGCAAAUGUGCAUAUGGAGUGGGAUAAAAUCUGGGCUAUUAACAAAAAGGUGAUCGAUCCUAUUGCCCCUCGGUACACAGCACUGCAGCAUAGUGCUAUGAUUCCAUUCCUACUUCCUGCAGCUAAGGAGGAAAAACAUCAGUGUGCACUACAUCCCAAGAAUCCAGAUGUUGGGACUAAGGCUAUCUGGCGUGGUCCGAGGGUGAUGCUUGAGGGUGAGGAUGCAGAGAGUUUGUCUGUGGGUGACAUGGUCACUCUCAUUAACUGGGGAAACACUAAAGUUUCCAAAAUUAACAGAAAUUCAAAGGGAAAGAUUGAGUCAAUUGAGGGAGAACUCCAUCUUGACAACAAGGAUUAUAAAAAGACGACAAAGCUGACAUGGCUAGCCGACACGCCUACCGCGCCCACUAUACCUGCAGUAAUGGUGAACUUUGAUAACCUCAUCAGCAAAGGAAUUAUCACCAAAACAGAUGACUUCAAACAGUUUGUCAACAAAAACUCAAAGACCGAAGUGAUCCUUGCUGGUGAACCAGAGCUAGCUUCCGUCAAAAAAGGUGACGUCAUCCAACUUCAAAGGCGUGGCUUCUUCAUCUGUGAUCAGCCCUACGAACCCACAAGCCGUCACACUGGUCAAGCAAGUCCUUGUGUGCUAUUCAGUGUCCCAGAUGGUCAUACCAAGACACAACCUAGCGGUGCCAAGGGCAAGUCUGAUGGCGGGAAGAGGGAGCAAGCCAACAAGUCGAAUAACAAGAACGCAAACGCCGAACCAGCCCAAGCCAAGCCAUUGGCUGAUCCAGCGGCCGUUGAGAAGCUCAUGGGGGAAAUAACGCAACAGGGCGACAAAGUGCGCACGCUCAAGACUGGAGGGGCCGAUAAGAAAGACGUUGAUGCAGCCGUAGCAACGUUACUCAAACUGAAGGCCCAGUACAAAGACCUGACGGGGGAGGAGGUGGCUGGAGGCAAGCCCAAAAAGGAAAAGAAGAAAGACACCAAACAAGAGGCGAAACAGCCAGGGAAGCAAGCAGAGUCUGCGCCCGCCCUCUCAGAGGCUGCACAAGAACUGCUUGCUACCAUCACCCAGCAGGGUGACAAAGUCCGCUCACUCAAGACACAGGGGGCUCAUAAGGGUACGGUUGAUGCAGAAGUAGCUGUUCUUCUCAAGCUUAAAGCAGAUUACAAGACAAUGACAGGCACAGACGUCCCUGGCGCUGGAAAUCCAAAAAAGGAUAAGAAGAAAGACAACAAACCCGAGGAGAAGAAACCCAAAGAGGCGAAGAAACCGAAAGAGUCGAAACAAGAAAAGCCCAAGAUGACAGAGGGAGGCGACGAUGAUGGUGCUGGCUUGAAAAAAAAGUCCAGGCUUGGUCUUGAGGCAAAGAAGAGUGAGAAUCUGAGUGAAUGGUACUCACAGGUGAUCACGCGGUCCGAGAUGAUCGAGUACUAUGACGUCAGUGGGUGUUACAUACUUAGAGCUUGGUCAUACGCCAUCUGGGAGCGUAUAAAAGAGUUUUUUGACGCGGAGAUCAAGAAGCUGGGAGUUGAGAACGUGUACUUUCCCAUGUUCGUGUCGCAUGCAGCCCUGGAAAGAGAGAAGACUCACAUUGCCGACUUUGCGCCUGAGGUUGCAUGGGUCACCAGGUCUGGACAGUCAGAACUGGCGGAGCCCAUCGCUAUAAGACCAACCAGCGAGACAGUAAUGUAUCCUGCAUACGCGAAGUGGAUCCAGUCUCAUCGCGAUCUCCCUCUGCUUUUCAACCAAUGGAACAACGUAGUGCGAUGGGAGUUCAAACACCCACAACCGUUUCUACGCACCCGCGAGUUCCUCUGGCAGGAGGGUCACACUGCGUAUGCUGACCAAGAGUCCGCCAUCGAGGAGGUCCACACAAUACUGGGACUUUACCAGCAGAUUUAUGAGUACCUCAUGGCAAUCCCGACCAUCUGCGGCCGCAAGACCGAGAAAGAGAAGUUUGCAGGCGGCGACUUCACCACUACCGUGGAAGUCUACAUCUCCGCCAGUGGGCGAGGCAUUCAGGGUGCCACCUCCCAUCAUCUAGGCCAGAACUUUUCCAAGAUGUUUGAUAUUGUGUUCGAAGAUCCGGACCCAAAUGUCCAAGAGAAGCGUUACGUCUACCAGAACUCGUGGGGUAUCACAACGCGUACGAUAGGCGUACUGACUAUGGUUCAUGGAGAUGACCAGGGACUCGUACUGCCCCCUAGGGUAGCUACGUUACAGGUUGUGAUUAUCCCAUGCGGCAUAACAGUAACUUUGCCAGAGGCUGAGAAGGCGGCCAUCCUGGACCGCUGUAAGCAGUAUGAGCGUGAACUGAAGGCUGCAGGAAUCCGAGCUAAGGGCGACUUCAACGAACACCACUCCCCAGGGUGGAAGUUCAACCACUGGGAGCUCAAGGGAGUCCCUAUUCGUAUUGAGGUUGGGCCACGCGAUGUCAAGAACAACAAGUUUGUCCUCGUUCGCAGACAUGACCGUAGUAAGCACACGAUCCAACACGAAGGCUUUGUUGGCAGUAUCCAGGAGACGCUGGAAGUGAUCCAGAACGAGAUGUUCGAGACCGCCAAGAAAGACUUGGAGGAACAUCUCGCCGUCACCACUAGCUGGCAGGAGUUCACCUCAAUGCUCGACAACAAAAAGAUUAUCCAAGCACCGUUCUGUGGCGAGAGCCCGUGCGAAGAUAAAAUCAAGAAGGACAGCACUAAGGAAGAGGUUCUCGAACCUGGUGCUCCUGCGAUGGGAGCCAAGGCGCUGUGCAUCCCAUUCAACCAGCCCGCACAGAUUACCGCUGACACAAAGUGCGUCCAUCCAGACUGUGGGCGCGCCGCGAAAUUCUACACACUCUUCGGCAGGAGUUACUAAAUUCUCCGCUAGAAUCGCUUGUAGCAAGGUAUAGGCAGACAGAUCAAAUGCACAGGAGAAGGUCUGAUUGCCAGAUAUUUGCCCGACCUUCAAAUAACGAAAAAUCUCGAAAUAAAUGAAAAUGAAUAACAAA